AUGGAUGCUAAAACAGAGUCAGAGUCUAUCUAUGAAUCCUGGGAGAGGUUCAAGACACUCUUGAGGAAAUGUCCACAACAUGGAAUAGAAGUGUGGAAUCAAGCAGCAAUAUUCCUCCAAGGGUUGACAACCAACACUAGGACAUUGGUGAAUGCCACAGCAGGUGGUUCAUUGACAACCAAGACCCCUCAGGAAGCCCUUGAAAUCUUUGAGUCCCUAGCAUCUCAGGUGUUUGACAAUGCUCCGGUGAAUGACAGAAGAACUGGAAUUAUUAAAUUGGAUGGCUAUGAUGCUUCGUUAGCCAAGAAUGAUCAGAUGCAGCAACUUUCUUCUCAGAAGGGUGCUUCUGUGGACACUGAUUCUGUGUGUGCCAUUUGUGGGAAAAGCCAUGUUACUGAUGAUUGUGAUUAUGGAAGAUCUGCUGGACAAAUAGAAGUAAAUGGAGUAUGGUAUGACCACAACAACCAGAGGAACCAUAACAACCAGGGGAGAAAUGUCUAUGUUCCACCAUGGAAGAAUAAGAAUCAACAUCUAGGGUUCAGUUACAGUUCCAACCAUCAGUUGAAUCCUCCACUACAUCCUCCUCCAACACACUCAUCACAACAAAGUGAUACUGCUGCAUGGGAGAAAGGUUUUGCCCAGUUAUCAAAGACUACUCAAGAUUACAUUCAGGGGUCAAAUUCCUUCAGGGAAGAGACUUCUGCUUUCACGCAAGAGACCAAGACAACAUUCAGAAACCAGGAAGCAUCCAUCCAGAAUUUAGAAACACAGAUUGGUCAGUUGUCUAGACAGAUAGCUGAGAGGCCACAAGGAAAGUUCCCUAGUGAUACUAUGGUGAAUCCAAAGGAGCACUGCAAGUCCAUUAUUCCAAUAAGUGGGCUUGCGCUUCAACCGGUGAACAAGAAAGUGGAUGAGAAGAAAGUGGGAGAAAAAAAAGUGAGGUGGAAGUUGUUGUUGAGGAUGUUGUGGUUGAAAAUGAUAGAGAAGAGGAAGUUGAGGAAAAGAAGAAAGAAGAAGAGGUUUCUGGAUAUUUUUAAGAAGUUGCAUAUUAACAUUCCAUUUGCUGAGGCCUUGGAGAACAUGCCUCACUAUGUCAAAUUCAUGAAGGAUCUUCUGUCUAAGAAGAGGAAAUUGAAGGAUGGUGAGAUAGUGGCCUUAACAGAAGAGUGUAGUCCCCUGAUCCAACAGAAGCUCCCUCCAAAGUUGAAAGACCCAGGAAGUUUCAGCAUCCCUAUUGCCAUUGGAGAUGUGGAAGUAGGGAAGACACUCUGUGAUUUGGGGGCCAGCAUUAACUUGAUGCCAUUGACUGUAUGUAGAGCUUUGGGAAUCAACACAUUGAAGGACACAAAUCUUAUUCUGCAUCUUGCAGAUAGAUCCAUCAAGAGACAGGAAGGUGUGGUAGAAGAUGUUCUGAUUAAGGUGGAUAAAUUCAUUUUUCCAGUGGACUUUGUGAUACUAGAUAUGGAAGAAGAAGAUAUUGAAAGCCCUUUACUUUUAGGGAGGCCAUUCUUAGAAACUUCUAGAUCCCUAAUUGAUGUAGAACAAAGGAAUCUAAUGCUAAGGGUGAAUAAAGAGACAGUUACAAUUGAUGUGUUUGAAGCCAUUAAACAUCCUGUUGAUGUGGAGGAUUGUAUUAGUUAG